AUGGUCGCUGGCGACCGCAUACAAGAAUGGUGCGAAACAAAAAGCGCUGGGGGAUCCGAAGGGUCGAAGACCUGGCCACCACCGUUCCGAAUCACCUCGACCGUCCGCGGGGACUCCGCGGAGCGUACACGCGCGAGGGACAUCGACGCCGGCGUUGCUUGGUUCCCCGUCGUGCAUCUUGUCCUGUCCGACGAUGCGCAAGGCGCAUAUAUGCUGCGAUUAACUUGGCUAGUGGAUGAUUUGGAAUCGGGGGAAAAACGCAUCUUGGCGUUUGCUCCGGACGAAGCCAGGAAGCAAGUGGACCCUCUGCAAUUGCUUCCAAAAGUGCUCCCCCAGCUUCGUUUCGGGCAGGGGAGAGACAACGACGCGGCGCAAUCAACAGGGGACAGGAUGUACAGAGGGGGGCUUCGUCUCGCUGAGUGCGCAGAGAAGGCUGGCCUUCGAUUGGACCAGGGCGGGACUAUAUCAUAUAUCCGGAGUCGGUGCCUUGCCAAUGCCCUCUCUGCCGCCGUAGACGAAGACAUGGAGAUCGCGUAA